AGAAGACAGGCCAAGGCCUCCAAGAUGUCCUUAUCGCAGCGUCUCCUCGCGAUCGUGGUCAAUCCGCUUGCCCUGUCUGACUCUGUUCAUGUAUAUACCAUGAUAUCAUUGGCGACCACAUCAGCUUCCACCAAAUUACCAGGGAAGACCUUCGAACUUGAAGUCUGAAGUCAUUCUGCGAAAUUGCGAAUAUUCAAAUGCUAAAGUUUUCAAACCUCCGCGUUUUCUAGUAGGCGUUGACAACCAGACCCAAAAUAUUUAUUUCGCCGAAACUCUGCGCACUCUGUUCUGAAUUCGUGCUUGCGGUUUUCUGGGUUUGUGAUUGACUAGCUAAGAAUUUACAUAAAGGCCGGUCUUUAUGUCCAUUGUAUAUUGAAGCUGUGAACUUGAAGGGUUUUGAAGGAAUUAACGGCUUUGUAUUCAAAGACUCAUCGAUAGAAGAAUUGUGGAUAGUUGAGUUUUAAGGAUUUGUAUUUUGAUGUUACUAUAGUAAGACUUGAAGAUGAUCGGAAGGAAAAAUAUGGGACGUGCGUAUCCGGUACUCUUGGUGCUUUUGGCACCGGUACUCUUGUUAACUAUGAUAAUACACAACAAAGCUUCCAAUUCAGGAAGUUGGGUUGUGGAUGGAUUGGACUGGGUUGAUCCUGUUAUUCGGAUACCUGAGAAGGUGAAAAGAUCAGAGGAUUUGAGUUCAAAGUAUCAUGUUGCCGUUACAGCAACCGAUACACCUUAUAGCCAAUGGCAGUGUCGGAUUAUGUACUACUGGUAUAAGAAGGUAAAAGACAUGCCUGGUUCUGACAUGGGAAACUUUACCCGAGUUUUGCAUACUGGUAGUCCAGACAAGUUGAUGGAGGAGAUUCCCACUUUUGUGGUUGAUCCUCUUCCCGAGGGCUUGGAUCGGGGUUAUGUUGUUCUGAAUAGACCUUGGGCUUUUGUGCAAUGGCUGGAGAAAGCAACAAUUGAAGAAGAAUAUAUUCUAAUGGCAGAGCCUGACCAUAUAUUUUUAAAGCCUUUACCUAACUUGGCAGAUGGAAUCCAACCAGCAGGGUAUCCUUUUUUCUACAUUAAACCAACUGAGCAUGAGAAAAUACUUCGGAAAUUUUAUCCCAAGGGGAAUGGUCCUGUGACUGAUAUUGAUCCAAUUGGCAAUUCUCCUGUAAUUAUAAAAAAGUCAUUGCUGGAGGAAAUUGCUCCCACAUGGGUGAAUGUUUCGUUGAGAAUGAAAGAUGAUCCAGAGACAGAUAAGACUUUUGGAUGGGUGCUUGAAAUGUAUGCAUAUGCUGUAGCAUCUGCAUUGCAUGGUGUGAGGCAUAUUCUUCGUAAAGACUUUAUGCUGCAGCCUCCAUGGGAUUUGGAAGUCGGAAAGAAUUUCAUCAUCCAUUAUACUUAUGGAUGUGAUUAUAAUUCAAAGGGAGAAUUAACAUAUGGGAAGAUAGGGGAAUGGCGUUUUGACAAGAGAUCAUAUCUUACUAGUCCUCUACCUAGAAAUCUCUCCUUACCCCCUCCAGGAGUUCCGGAAAGUGUGGUAAGACUCGUAAAAUUGGUGAAUGAGGCUACAGCAAAUAUUCCUGGGUGGGACACAUUAACUACUGGCCGAGACCUAGAAGUAAGAUAAAACCCAUGGAUCCUUAUAUUGGUACAGAUAUCAGCGGUGCCAUGGAGAGAAUCGUCGACACAAAUUAUAGAUAACAAAACAAAGAGUAUAGGUAAAGAAAAGGAGUUGCUUGAUGAAUCAACCAAUGGAUAUAUUUUUUGCAAGGAAAAAAAAAAUCUGACCUAUAAAUAUGAAGGACAACAAUUCUUUUUGUAUACACGAGAUUUACCAUAUGAGGUUUUAGUUUGAACCAGCAGCUUUGAUGAGGAAACAAUUUAUGAACAAAUGAAAGUUGUUAGUGAACUUUUCUUAUUUGUAAGUUGGCGGUUGAAUAUAUUGGGUGCUCGACAGUUAAAACUGUUGAGGCCCCCUUGUUACAA